GGUGAAAACGUACUUUUGUUGUCAUGAAGAGGUUGUGAUUAUAUAUUAUUUCUUUAUCGGCCAACUUAAAUUGUUAUUUUUAAUCUCCUUUCCCCUGUGCACAUUUUAUGUCCCGACUGAACGAAAACGGAACCAUUUGUCGCUGCGCCUGGAUUUCAACGGAUUCCCUACAGUGAGGCACGCUGUCAGAACGCAAAGCUACAGCAGUACAGGAAUAACAGUGUGGUGAAAACUUUAAAUACCGCCAUCUGAAAGAGGAACGAUCGGAUCCAUCUGGUGUCACCAGUGACAAACAUUAUUUCUGGUAUGGAUGGCAUGGUGAUAGAGGAGGAGGAUGACUGCCCAGAGUUGGUGCCCAUUGAUACCCAGCCUGUUCCCCCUGCAGAGCAGAUACCUGUCACCAUCAUCACAGGCUACCUUGGCGCUGGGAAGACCACACUCCUGAACUACAUAUUAACAGAACAACACAACAAGCGGAUUGCUGUCAUACUCAAUGAAUUUGGAGAGGGCAGUGCCCUGGAGAAGUCCCUCGCAGUGAGCCAGGCAGGAGAGCUGUAUGAGGAGUGGCUGGAACUGAGAAAUGGCUGUCUCUGCUGCUCUGUCAAGGACAAUGGUCUUAAAGCUAUUGAGAACCUGAUGGAGAAGAAAGGAAAGUUUGACUACAUCCUGUUAGAAACCACAGGACUUGCUGAUCCAGGAGCUGUGGCCUCCAUGUUCUGGGUUGAUGCAGAGCUUGGCAGUGACAUCUAUUUGGACGGCAUUGUCACUGUCAUUGAUGCCAAGUAUGGAUUGCAGCAACUAACAGAGGAAAAAGCAGAUGGACUCAUCAACGAAGCAGUCAGACAGAUCGCUCUCGCUGACUUGACCAUUAUCAACAAAACAGACCUGGUGAAUGAGGAGGAACUAAACCAACUCAGACACACUGUCAGAUCGAUAAAUGGUCUGGUCAAGAUUCUAGAAAGCCAGAGAUCAAGGGUGGAUCUCUCUGAAGUUCUGGAUCUGCAUUCCUUUGACAGUAAGGAUGGAGCAAAUCUAGCAGAGAAGCUUCAGCUUGUGAAACCUACAAGGCCUCAUCUUGACAAGAGUAUUUUAACUGUGACAUUUGAAGUGGCGGGAGAUCUCUCUGAGGACGCCUUGAAUGUUUUCAUACAGGAUCUCCUAUGGGAAAAGAUGCUCAAAAACAAAGAAGGGCAACCCAUGACCGUCAUCCGGUUAAAGGGCAUAGUAUCAUUCGCAGGUAAAGCCCACCAAGUGAUGCUGCAGGGGGUCCAUGAGCUGUACGAGCUGAAUGAGACUCCACAGCUUUGGGAGGAGAACCUGCGGAUCAACCGGCUGGUCUUCAUAGGUAAGAACCUGGACAAGGACGUUCUGCAGGAACAGUUCAUUUCUACAGUUGUGCAGGGGGAAGAGAGAAAGUAGCUGGAAACUUUUCUCUCCUCUUCACAUCAAAAACUUGACUCUGGAGCAGACGUUGUGGCAUUUGGUCAUCCAUAGAUCCAGGACUGUGUUUCAGAUGUUCAUUCCUUUCCUUCAAGUGGAUGAGGUAUGUCAGAGGAUGGCUGAGGUUACUGUAGUGUUAAGGCCGUAGCACGGGAAGAGUUUUUUUUUUUUUUCCCCCCCACAAAAUCUGGAAGCUUAAUCAAUACGCUGCAUUUUAUAGAGAUGCCUUUGUAAAAUCUGCAGUUUUUGGGAGGCUAAAUAGACAAAAAUACUGUAUCAAGUCUGGUACAAGACUGAACUUUGUAAAUGAAGCAACCUUGCUUAGGUCUCUGGCUUUUAACAUCCUGUAUUUUUAAAUUAUUCAAAAUAAAGUUUCUUUUCUUGAACAUGUGAUUCUUUAACUGUUAUGUCUGAUAUACCUAAACAAAAUAAUGUUUUGGCUUUAUCUGGCUGACAACAGCAGACUCUUAACAUAACAACAGAGACAAAGUGCCUUUGUGUUAAAGCGGUAAGUUCACUAUGAUACUCAACAAAGUGUGAGAAAGGCCUCCAAGAGCAUUAAUAUCUUAGCUUUCAUUGUUAUGAAACGCAUACAAAGAGUUUCGUAAGUUAAGCAUCCAGUAAACAGACCAUGAUUAGAAUAGUGUUUGUUUCACAUGUACAAUAACUCAAAUGUUGUAGCAAAGUGAUGCUUUACAACUAAAGUUUCCCCAAAAA